AUGGGCUCUCUAUACUGUCGAGGAUCGCUCUCCAAGGCACUCAAGUCUCGUAUCUCACUCCGCAUCUUGCCCGCCGCACCGCAACUCUCUGGCUUCAACCACCGUUCACGGCGGCGUUUCCAUAGCACUCCGGCGCCAUGGGGCAUCAGGUCUCAGAUUCUCAAGGAUGUUGGUGAAGGUAUUACCGAAGUUCAGAUCAUCCAGUGGUACGUCGAGGAGGGCGCUAGGGUAGAGGAAUGGAAGCCUCUGUGCCAGUACCAGUCAGACAAGGCAGUGGAUGAUAUCACCUCGAGAUAUGAAGGAGUCAUCAAAAAACUGCAUUUCCAGGCCGAUGAGACAAUUCCAACUGGCCAGGCUCUCUGCGAUAUAGAGGUUGACGACGCGCAAUAUCCUGACUCCAGUGCGCCUGCUCCACCCAAGGCAGAGUCAACCCCGGAGCCCACCACUUCAGCAGCAGCGGUGACUGAAGAGAGCGCCCAGGCAAUAUUAGCUGAGAGUAGUCAAGCGCAAGUUGAAGCGGAGCAGGCUGCACCUCCAUCAAAAUAUGCCACCUUUGCUACGCCAGCAGUUCGCGGUCUCCUGAAAGAGCAUAACCUUGAUAUCACCAAAAUCACCGGGACCGGAAAGGACGGGCGGGUGAUGAAGGAGGAUGUUUUCAAAUAUCUUGAGAAAAGAGACUCGCAAGCAGCUGCGCCAGCAGUUACCCCUUCAGCGGCCCCGUCCAUCGACACUGCACAGGUCGAAACCCCUGCCUCUCUCACGCCCAUACAGUCCCAGAUGUUCAAGACUAUGACCAAAUCCCUCACGAUUCCACACUUUCUCUAUGCUGACGAACUCAGCAUCGCCACACUCUCGUCCGUCAGACAAAAGCUCCUUUCAAAUCCUACCGAUCCACAAAAAGUAUCCUUCCUGCCAUUCAUCAUCAAAGCCGUCUCCCUUGCCCUACAGCAUUACCCGCUCCUCAAUGCCAAAGUUGACACAACUACAAACCCAAAGAAACCCGGUUUGAUCAUGAGAUCGAGCCACAACAUCGGCGUGGCGAUGGACACGCCGACUGGGCUUCUAGUGCCGAACAUCAAAAACGUUCAGGCCCGUUCGAUCUUCGACAUUGCUGCUGAAUUAACGCGCCUGAGCGCUGUUUCUCGCGCCGGAAAGCUGACGCCCACCGACCUCAACGGCGGCACCAUCACCGUCUCGAACAUUGGAAGUAUUGGGGGAACGUACGUUGCGCCCGUCCUCGUCCCAACGGAGGUUGCUAUUUUGGGUGUCGGAAAAGCACGCACUGUGCCAGUGUUUGACGACGAAGGCAACCUGUCAAAGGAUCAAAAAAUGACAUUCAGCUGGAGCGCAGAUCAUCGCGUCAUUGAUGGGGCGACGAUGGCUAGAAUGGCGGAAAAAGUUAGGAUGUAUGUGGAGUCUCCUGAGACGAUGUUGUUGGCUUUGAGAUAG